CUCAAAUCCGAUGCAGUCGCCACUGUGGCAAUGGCAUCAGACAUUCAACAGGAGAGCAAUGAAGAUGACGCUGACCCUUCCCAAGACCUGACAGAAGAUCAUAUAGAGCAUCCGUAUGCGAUGGAUUCAGAGAGGGCGGAGAUGAGGGGUUUGGGGGAAAAUGACCCAAACAGCAGGAAGGAUCUUGCUUUCUCUAGGUAUGAUGAAGUGGAGAGGUUCUUGAGGACAGGGACAUUUUCAGAGGAGUUGAUGCAGGACAUGAAGCAAUAUGUCAGAAGAGCCUCAAAGCACUACUGUCUGGAAGGUGAUGUUCUGUACUACUGUGGAGGAAAUGGACUGGAUGACGGUCUUCGGCAUUUUGAUGGCCAACGGCAACGCAAAGUCGUACGCAGCCCGGAAGAAGUGAAGUGUGUGCUCAAACAAUACCACAAUGAGAAGAGCCACAAGAAUAGGACGGUGACUCUCAAAGAAGUGACAGGACUUUUCUACUGGGGUUCCAUGGCAAAAGAUGUAAACAAAUGGAUUGACAACUGUGAAGAAUGUCAGAUCCGUCCAAAAUAUUGCUCUUCCCAAAAGUCAAAUUACUGCAUUUGCUACGGAUGUGAGAGUAGCCUGGUAUCAAACAGUGAAGACGAGAGCCUGACCUUUCACAGGUUCCCCAAAAGUGAUGACGAGAGAUUCAAGCUUUGGAUCUCCUAUACCAAACGGGAUCCAUUGUCUCUAACCCAAACAUCUGUCCUGUGCUCCAAGCACUUCACAGAGGACUGCUUUGAUCACUCAGGAGAGAGUGUAUCUUUCAAACCCGAUGCAGUCCCCACUGUGGCAAUGGCAUCAGACAUUCAACAGGUAACCAACAAAUAAACAUCAAUUUGGAUA